UCAGUCUCGGCGAGUUCCCGAAAACCUGGAAGUUGUGAAGAAAGUCAGCGGGAAGACACAGCGCACUCACUGGCCUGUUUUCUCUCACAUUCAGCCACAGUCCCGACCAGAAGAUAUAGAGAAGUGACGGGAAGAGCCGUGGAAGAUGCCGGCCACAGAGAAGGACCUGGCUGAGGACGCUCCGUGGAAGAAGAUCCAGCAGAACACCUUCACCCGCUGGAUCAACGAGCACCUGAAGUGCGUCAACAAGCGGAUCGUGGACCUGCAGCUGGAUCUGGGCGAUGGCCUGAGGCUCAUCGCCCUGCUGGAGGUCCUCAGCCACAAGGCCAUGUACAGAAAGUACCACUCGAGGCCCACCUUCAGGCAGAUGAAGCUGGAGAACGUGUCGGUGGCUCUGGAGUUCCUGGACAAGGAGAGCAUUAAGCUGGUCUCCAUCGACUCUAAAGCCAUUGUAGACGGGAACCUGAAGCUGAUCCUGGGUCUGAUCUGGACUCUGAUCCUGCACUACUCCAUCUCCAUGCCCAUGUGGGAGGGCGAGAGCGAAGAGUCAGAGUCAAAGACACCGAAGCAGCGUCUGCUGGGCUGGAUUCAACACAAAGUCCCUGAUCUGCCCAUUACCAACUUCAGCCAGGACUGGAGUAACGGCAGAGCACUGGGAGCACUGGUGGACAGCUGUGCUCCAGGCCUGUGUCCAGACUGGGAGACCUGGGAUCCAGUGAAACCAGUAGAAAACGCCACUGAAGCCAUGCAGCUGGCUGAUGAUUGGCUGGGCAUCCCACAGGUGAUCGCUCCAGAGGAGAUUAUCAACCCCCAAGUGGAUGAACAGUCGGUGAUGACCUACCUGUCCCAGUUCCCCAAAGCCAAGCUGAAGCCUGGAGCUCCUCUCAAACCCAAACUGAACCCCAAGAAGGCUCGAGCAUACGGACCUGGGAUCGAGCCCACGGGGAACAGGGUGCUGCGUCCCGCUGUGUUCACCGUGGACACGUUCAGCGCAGGACAGGGAACCGUCACCGUCUACCUGGACCAUCCGGACGGCACCAGAGAGGAGCUGAAAGCAGAGCUAAAUGAGAGCAAGAAGACGUACAACGUCACCUACACUCCUCAAGUCAUGGGACCUCACAAGGUGACCGUGCUGUUUGCAGGCCAGCAGAUUCCCAAAAGUCCAUUUGAGGUGGACGUGGACAAGGCGCUAGGUGACGCUUCCAAAGUCACAGUGAAAGGCCCGGGAAUCGAACCUGUGGGCAACAUCGCCAACAAAGCCACCUACUUUGACAUCUACACUGCAGGCGCCGGCACCGGAGACAUUUCAGCCAUGAUCAGAGACCCUCAGGGCCGCCAGAACACUGUGGAGGUGAUGAUGGAGGAUAAGGGCGACAGCAUGUACCGCUGCACCUACCGACCCACCCAGGCCGGACCGCAUGCUGUCACCGUCACCUUCGGAGGGGUGGGAGUCCCCAAGAGCCCCUUCAGCGUAGACGUGGGACCAGCCUGCAUGCCAGGGGCGUGUCGGGCGACGGGUCGGGGUCUCCAGCCGUCUGGGCUGAGGGUGAAACAGGUCGGAGAUUUCAAGGUGGACACCAGGAACGCCGGCAGUGGAGACCUGAAGGUGCUCGUCAAAGGACCCAAGGGCAUCGAAGAGCCAGUGAAGCACAUCUCCAGUCAGGACGGUGUGUUCUCGUAUGAGUAUUACCCCAACAGCCCGGGGAAAUACACCGUCUCCAUCACCUGGGGGGGUCAGCACAUCCCGAAGAGUCCCUUUGACGUCGUGGUUGGUCAGGAGGCAGGGCCUCAGCAGAUCCGGGCCUGGGGUCCUGGCUUGGAGGGAGGUGUGGUAUGUGAACCUGCCAGCUUUGUGGUGGAGUCCAUCGGCACUGAUGUGGGAGUGUUGGGUUUUGCCAUUGAAGGACCUUCACAGGCCAAAAUCGAGUGUGAGGACCAAAACGACGGGUCGUGUGACGUCCGUUACUGGCCAACAGAACCUGGCGAAUAUGCCGUCCACGUGACCUGCGAUGAGGAGGACAUCGAGCACAGCCCCUUCAUGGCUUAUAUCGUCCCUAACAACGGCAGCCACCCAGAUAAGGUUCAGGCAUACGGGCCGGGGCUUGAGAAGAGCGGCUGCCUGGUCAACCAACCUGCUGAGUUCACUGUCAAUGCUAAGGAUGCUGGGAAAGGAUCACUGAAGGUCACAGCUCAGGAUGCAGAAGGGCUUCCUGUGGAGGUGAAGGUGAGGAGUAAAGGCGAUGGGAUGUACAGCUGCUCCUACACACCCAGCUCUCCCCUCAAACACACCGUGGCCGUGGCCUGGGCAGGAGUCAGCAUCCACAACAGCCCCUUCAGGGUGAACGUAGGGAAAGGCAGCCACCCCAACAUGGUGAAGGUGUUCGGUCCUGGAGUGGAGAGGAGUGGACUGAAGGCCAACGAGCCGACACACUUCACUGUGGACUGUUCAGGAGCUGGAGACGGUGAUGUCAGCGUGGGCAUCAAGUGUGACGCCAACAUGGUCGGUGACAAAGAGGCUGACGUGGACUUUGACAUCAUCCCCAACGCCAACGACACGUUCACGGUCAAAUACAUCCCUCCUGCUGCUGGAAGACUCACAGUCAAAGUCCUGUUCACUGACAAGGAGGUUCCACAGAGCCCCUUCAGCAUUAAAGUCGAUCCUUCUCAUGAUGCAUCAAAGGUGAAAGCAGAAGGUCCUGGACUGGCUCGCACUGGUGUAGAGAGCGGGAAGCCGACUCAUUUCACAGUGUUGACUAAAGGAGCUGGUAAAGCACCACUGGACGUUUCCUUCUCGUCUCCCGUAAAAGACUUUGACAUCAUCGACAACUACGACUACUCUCAGACGGUCAAGUACACACCUGGGCUGCAGGGGGAGAUGACCAUCGUGGUGAAGUUUGGGGGGGAUCCCAUCACCAAGAGCCCCUUCACGGUCGGAGUCGCUGCCCCACUGGACCUCAACAAGGUCACCGUGGACAACCUGGAUGGACGAGUGGAGGUGGAUCAGGAGCAGCAGUUUCUGGUGGAUACCAAGGGUGCAGGAGGCCAGGGUCAACUGGAGGUGGCGGUGCUGAGUCCCAGGCAGCGGGCCGUACCGUGUAAAGUGGAGGCUCAGCCUGGUAAAGCAGACGUCAGCCGGGUGCGCUACACCCCCACAGAGGAGGGGGUGUAUUCUGUCAACGUGUCCUACGACGGACACCCGGUCCCUGGGAGCCCCUUCCCUGUGGAGGCCCAGCUGCCUCCAGACCCCAGCAAGGUGAAGGCGUUUGGUCCCGGUCUGAAGGGAGGUUUGGUUGGGAAUCCAGCUGAGUUCACCAUCGACACCAAAGGCGCCGGCACCGGAGGUCUGGGUCUGACAGUGGAGGGGCCAACCGAGGCCAAACUCGAAUGUUCUGAUAACGGCGAUGGGACCUGCUCUGUCUCCUACCUGCCCACUGAACCUGGAGACUACCUGGUUAACAUUCAGUUUGAGAAUGUCCACAUCCCCGGCUCACCGUUCAGAGCCCACAUCCAGAUGCCUUUUGAUCCCUCCAAGGUGGUGGCCUCAGGGUCUGGUCUGAAGAGAGGCAAGGUUGGAGAGACCAGCGUUGUGAAUGUGGACUGUUCUCAGGCCGGACCAGGCCAGCUGAGCCUGGAGGCGGCCCUGGACUCCCCUCCAUCCAGCCCUACUGGCUCUGCACCGGGCUCAGGUGUGAAAGCAAAGACGGAUGUGAUUGACAACAAAGACGGGACCUACACGGUGACUUACAUCCCCCUCACCUCCGGCAUGUACACCCUGCUGCUGAAGUAUGGAGGAAAGACUGUGCCUGGUUUCCCUGCCAAAGUGAAGGUGGACCCUGCUGUGGACACCUCCAAAGUCAAAGUGUUUGGACCUGGAGUGGAGGGACAAGCUGUUUUCUUAGAAGCCACCACAGAUUUCACUGUGGACGCCCGUCCUCUGACUCCACGAGGAGGAGACCACGUGAAGGUGAACGUCAGGAACCCGUCUAAAGCCAUGACGGACUGCGUGGUUACCGACAAUGCCGACGGGACUUACAGUGUCGAGUACACUCCUUUUGAGAAGGGUGUCCACAGUGUCCAGGUUCUGUAUGACGACACUCCGGUUCCCAACAGCCCGUUCAGGGUUUCUGUGUCAGAGGGAUGCUUGGCCAGUCGGGUGGUGGCUACCGGCCCUGGGCUCCAAACAGGCCUGACCGAGCAGCCCAACCACGUCAGCGUCGUCACCAGAGGGGCAGGUAUUGGCAACCUGGGCAUCACUGUGGAGGGUCCAUCAGAGUCUAAGAUGUCCUGCAUAGACAACAAAGAUGGCAGCUGCAGUGUUGAGUACAUUCCUUACAAGCCUGGCCUCUACGACGUCAACAUCACCUACGGAGGAGAACAUAUCCCAGGAAGUCCAUUUAAGGUCCCAGUGAAGGAUGUGGUGGACCCCACUAAGGUCAAGGUGUCUGGUCCUGGACUGGGGUCAGGGGUCAGGGCCAACAUACCACAAUCCUUCAGGGUGGACUGCAGGAAGGCAGGUGUGGCCCCACUGGCUGUGGCGGUCACUGGUCCUAAAGGCAUAGCAGAGCCCACAGAGGUGACCGACAACGGGGACGGGACUCACACCGUGUCUUACACUCCUUCUGUGGAAGGACCGUACUCUGUAGCUGUCAAGUAUGGAGACGAAGACGUCCUCAGCAGUCCCUUCAAGUUUCAGGUUCUACCUCAACACGAUGCCAGCAAAGUUCGUGCCCGCGGCCCCGGGCUAACCAGUGGUGUACCCGCCAGCUUUCCGGUUGAGUUCAAUAUUGACGCCAAAGAUGCCGGCCAGGGCCAACUGAACGUGCUCAUUACAGAUGAGGAUGGCGUCCCUAAGCAGCCUACUAUUCACGAUAACGGUGACGGCACAUAUCGGGUGUCUUACAUCCCCGACCGUGCAGGCCGCUACACCAUUUCUAUAAAAUACGGCGGUGACAACAUCCCUGCAUCGCCCUACAAGGUCCGCGCCACGGCAACUGGAGAUGCCAGCAAAUGCAUCGUCACUGGUCCAGGCGUGGGUCCCACGGUGGCCAUUGGCAAGGAGCUGGGCCUGGUGGUGAACACUAAGGGUGCUGGGAAGGGGAAGGUGAACUGCGUGGUGGUUCAGCCCGACGGCAGCGAGGUGGAGGCUGAAGUGGUGGAGAACGAAGAUGGCACUUUUGACAUCUUCUACACCGCACCAGCUCCUGGGAACUACGCUAUCUACAUCCGUUUUGGAGGGAAAAACAUCCCAUGCAGUCCCUUCAACGUCAUGGCUACUGAUGAGGUACCCAUGAUGAAAGAGCAGACGUCUCUACAGCAACAGGCCGCUCCCCCCGGAGCUGGCUUCCAACCAUGGGUCAUAUCAGACAAGUACGGCAGCGGCAUCAACGGCAGCGGCUUCAGACCGUUUGACAUGGUCAUACCGUUCUCCUUGAGGAAAGGAGACGUCACCGGUGAGGUGUUGAUGCCUUCAGGUAAAUCUGCUCCACCACUCAUCACAGACAACCAGGAUGGGACGGUCACAGUGCAAUACUCUCCUACUGAGGCCGGCCUGCAUGAAAUGCACAUCAAAUACAACGGCACUCAUAUCCCAGAGUCUCCCCUUCAGUUCUACGUGAAUCACGCCAAUCGUCACAACGUCAUUGCCUACGGUCCUGGUCUGAGCUACGGCGUUGCCAACAAGACCGCCACCUUCACCGUCUACACAGAGGAUGCCCCCGAGGGAGGUCUGGACUUGGCCGUUGAAGGUCCAUCCAAAGCAGAGAUAACCUGUGUGGACAACAAAGACGGGUUAUGCAACGUGUCCUACCUGCCCACGCUGCCCGGAGACUACAACAUCCACGUCAGAUACAACGAUGAGCACAUUUCUGGCAGCCCCUUCAGCGCCAGGAUCGUCGAGGACAGCACACGGCGCUCUCAGGUCAAACUGGGCUCUGCAGCAGAUUUCUCUCUGGACAUCAGUGAGACGGACCUCAGCCUGCUGACGGCCAGCAUCAGGGCGCCCUCUGGACGUGACGAGCCCUGUCUGCUGAAGAGAAUGGCAAACAACCACAUCGGUAUAUCCUUCAUCCCCCGGGAGGUCGGGGAACACCAGGUCAGCAUCCUGAAGAACGGCUAUCACGUCGCCAACAGUCCCAUCACCAUCAUGGUCGUCCAGUCUGAGAUCGGCGACCCCAGCCGAGUCAGAGUUUAUGGCGACGGCGUGGUCCAGGGAACCACCUUCAACAACUCCAGCUUUGUGGUCGACACACGGGACGCUGGUUUUGGUGCUCUGGCUCUGGCCAUCGAAGGUCCCAGUAAGGUGGAAAUCCAGACAGAGGACCUGGAGGACGGUACCUGUGGAGUCACCUACUGUCCUACUGAACCUGGAAACUACAUCGUCUCAGUCCGCUUCUCUGAGGAACACGUCCCAGGAAGUCCGUUCUCAGUGCGUGUGACUGGCGAAGGUCGCAUCCGGGAGAGCAUCACCAGACGACAGAAGGCGGCAUCUGUGGCCAGUGUGGGGAGUGUGUGUGACCUCAGCCUGAAAAUACCAGCGAUCGACAUGAAGGACGUCACGGCUGAGGUCACGUCACCCUCUGGAGCCAGUCAGCCGGCUGAGCUGGUUGCCAUGGGCAACGACACCUACGCUGUGCGCUUCGUCCCCACAGAGAUGGGCGUGCACAGCGUGAGUGUAAAGUACAGGGGCGUGCACGUGCCUGGAAGUCCCUUCCAGUUCACUGUGGGGCCACUGGGGGAGGGCGGGGCCACCAAGGUGAGAGCAGGAGGUCCAGGACUGGAGGGAGCAAAGGCUGGAGAGCCAGCAGAGUUCAGCAUCUGGGCCAGAGAGGCGGGAGCUGGAGGUCUGUCCAUCGCUGUGGAGGGACCCAGCAGGGCAGAGAUCGACUUUGACGACCGUAAAGACGGAUCCUGUGGCAUCUCCUACAUCGCUCAAGAGCCUGGUGAUUACGAGAUUUCUGUCAAGUUUAAUGAGCAGCACAUCCCUGACAGCCCCUACCUGGUUCCUGUGGUCGCUCCAGUCAACGAUGCCCGUCGUCUCUCUGUUGCCGGUCUUCAGGAGUCUGGUCUGAAGGUGAAUCACCCAGCAUCCUUUGCGGUGUCUCUGAACGGAGCGCAGGGCAAGAUGGACGCCCAAGUCCACAGCCCCUCUGGAGCUGUGCAGAAGUGUGUCGUCUCAGAGCUGGAAAGAGACAAAUACGCCGUCCGCUUUAUACCCCGGGAGAACGGCAUCCACACCAUCGAUGUCAAGUUCAACGGCUCUCACAUCCCAGGAAGUCCUUUCCAGGUGCGAGUUGGAGAACCAGGACAGACUGGAGAGCCCAGCCUGGUGUCGGCGUAUGGAGCUGGACUGGAGAGAGGCACGACAGGUACCCAGUCAGAGUUCAUCAUUAACAACACGAAGGCGGGCCCUGGCACCUUAGCCGUGACCAUCGAGGGUCCGUCCAAUGUGAAGAUGGAGUGCCAGGAGGUUCCAGAGGGCUUCAAGGUGCUGUACACUCCCAUGGCACCUGGAAACUACCUGAUCAGCAUCAAAUAUGGAGGACCUAACCACAUCACUGACAGCCCCUUCAAGGCCAAAGUCACAGGUCCUCGCCUUGUAAAUGUGACAAAUGCGAGCCAGACGUCAACCCUGAUGGUGGAUCCGGCGGUUCGGGCAUCCAGCAGCAGCUUCACUCAGAGUGCCAUGCCCAGACCGGCCGACUCCGAUGCCAGCAAGGUGCUGAGCCGAGGAGCCGGACUCAGCAAGGCCUUCGUGGGUCAGAGGAGCAGCUUCUCUGUCGACUGCAGCAAAGCUGGUAAGAACAUGCUCCUGGUGGGCGUGUACGGUCCUCAGGUCCCCUGUGAGGAGGUUCUGGUCAAACAUUUGGGAAACCUGCAGUACAACGUCAGCUACGUGCUGAAGGAGCGGGGCAGCUACAUGCUGGUGGUCAAAUGGGGCGAUGACCACAUUCCAGGUUCCCCCUUCCAUGUCGCCGUUCCUUGAUGCUGUCACUCCUCCUGCUCCGUUCUACAUCCCAGUUAAAGUGGACACUUCAGCUGCACUACAAACAACUGUCCAACAAACAAGCUGCUCAGCUGCUUCAUCUACUAACUUUGUAAAAAUCUGAUGUUUUAAAGAUUUUCUACCUUCCACAACUGAUUCGCAUGUUGAAAUGUUUCUCAAACUGCCCUUAAUAGAGGAAAUCAAGUGUCAAAUUCUAAAAGCAUUGAAGAGUAGCGUAAAUAAACACAUCACUUAAUGUAAACUUGGUACUUUGUUGUAGUAAAUCAUGGAAGACAUACAGCUGGAGAGAGAGGUUUAACCUAUUCAUUAUUACUACCCUGAAAUGUUUUAAUUAGAAAAACUUUACAGUUGAUAUUUUUCAUACUUAAUUGGCCGAUUAAAGAUGCUAUUUUUACACAAGUAUUUGUUUCCAGAAUGUGAAACUGGAUUCAGAAAAGGUUUAGACUGAAAUAAGUAAGGUCAAACCUUUCAAAUGUAACUGGAAUUCUAUUAUACAGCACUUUCCUUCAGUACAACAGUGCCAGGAAUAAAGUAAAGAAUUCUGUGAGGUUUCUUCAGGUUUGAUUGUGUUUGAGGGAGCCAUAUGAGCCGCUGCCAUAGGGAACCAGCCAAUAAUAACCAGAUCUAUGCAGCAACUGUUUUUUGCAAAGCGCUGUGAAUGAAAAAGUGACUAAACAUCUCAAUGAAAAGAACUGGAGUUCUGUCAGUGUGACAUUCAGUGUUUACGAACAGGAAGCAUCAAACUGUAUGAAACUACUGAUGUUUGUUGUUGAUUUCUUGCUCUUGACCUGUAGCUACCAGAAUCCCAGUACUUACUGCUGCCAUAAUGAACCGACGGCUGGUAAAGCUGCCUUCACACUACUGUCUCCUGCACUGUUCAACAGACUACUCCAUGUUGUGCUAGAGUUUUGGCUUCACUGUUAUUCUCUGUUGUCUCUUCCUGGAUUUUCACAUAAACAGAUCUGACUUAGUUGCUCAGUUCUAGUCUGCCUGGACAGAAGAUGCUGGAUGAACCAGAUUUAAUGUGAUAAUAAAGAGCGUAUGAUGAUCCAUGAGUGAUGCACACAAUCUUCCAUACACAUCACUGCAUAAAACAUUUAAAAAAAAACACUCAAUCAGAUAGAAACUGGAAAAUGAGGUCAGACUUUCAGUUUGUGUGUGAAUCUUGAAGAAAUGAUGUCUUACCGAUUUGUUUUUCCUCAUCACUGCUCCUUUUGAUACUUAAGGGAUGAGAGGGUUUUUGUAUGGGGUGAGAAAUGCUUUUCAUUUUGUAUUGAGGGAAUGGGCUGUGCUACGUGAAACGAAACCCUGAGAUGAUGUACAUUUGAUAAUUAAAAUCAACUGGAAUUCA